AUGGGCUCCACUCUCCCCACCACCUACAAGCGCGCAUUCUUCGAGAAACAGGACGCAACCCUGACUCUCGAAGAAGUGCAGUUAAUCGAACCCCAGCGCGGCGAGAUCCUGGUCAAGGUUGAAGCAUGCGGUGUCUGCCACUCGGACCACUUUGCUCAGAUGAAUCUGAUGGGAGGCGGAUUCCCUCGCGUUCCCGGACAUGAAGUGGUCGGACGCGUUGCUGCGGUAGGCGAUGGGGAGACCUACUGGAAGAUUGGGGACCGCACUGGUGCUGGAUGGCACGGGGGCCAUGAUGGGACCUGCGGAGCCUGCAAAAAGGGGCUGUUCCAGAUGUGCGACAACGAGCAGGUCAACGGGAUCACACGCGAUGGAGGAUAUGCCGAAUACGUCCUCAUCCGCAGCGAAGCCGCCGUGCGUAUCCCCGACCACGUCAACGCCGCCAAAUACGCCCCCAUGCUCUGCGCCGGCGUCACGGUCUUCAACUCCAUCCGCCAGAUGAACAUCCCCGUCGGCGAAACGGUGGUCAUCCAGGGCCUCGGUGGGCUCGGUCACCUCGCCCUCCAGUAUGCGAACCGGUUCGGGUAUCGCGUCGUGGCGCUGUCGCGGGGCGCGCAGAAGGAGGAGUUUGCGCGGAAGCUAGGGGCGCAUGUAUACAUCGAUACCAGCAAGGAAGACCCCGUGGCUGCGUUGCAGAAGCUCGGGGGUGCGGCGCUGAUUGUCUCGACGGCGCCGAGCCCGGAGCUGAUCAACCCGUUGAUUGAGGGUUUGGGCGUAUUGGGGAAGCUGUUGAUUCUGUCGAUCGUGGGCGGAAUUGAGGUCCAUACGGGCUUACUUGUAAGUGAACGCCGGAUUGCCAUCCACCGGACGAAUUCGAUUGUCCGUUCCCUGCUAACCAAUUCCAAGGUCGGCAAAGGGAAAUCCAUCUGGAGCUGGCCCAGCGGCCAUGCCACCGACUCGGAGGAGGCGAUCGCAUUCGCAGAACUGCAGGGAAUCGACUGCCUGGUGGAGGAAUUCCCCCUCGAGAAGUGCAAUGAGGCAUUUGGUAGGUCUUCGUCUACAACCGCGGAUCGGGAGAGAGUCUUUCUUGCUGACUUCACGGGUUUAACAACUACAGCGGCAAUGAUGGAUGGAAGCGUGCGGUUCCGGGCUGUUAUCACGAUGGAGUAA